ACAAUAAACAUGUAUGUGUGUUGUCAAUUGCGUUAGAAGUGAUUAGAAAUUUAUUAGUCAUUCAGGGUGUUUUUCUUUUUAAAAUAAAUACUAAAUUUCAUAGUGUUUAUGUGAAUGUCUAAUAAUUCAGACAAAUCAAAUCUUCAACAACGUUAUUUAAAUAUAAUAACACAAUUGACAUCAACAAUAUCAACAAAUAAAUUAUCAAAAAUGUCAAGUUUUGAUUUAUCAGAUUUACCAGCAACAUUAAAAAGCAUAAAACCUUAUUUAAAAACAUCAAAUGAACAUGAAGUUCGUGAUCCAGUUGUCAGCUAUUGGGCACGUUUAUAUGCACUCCAGACUGGUAUUAAAAUUGGCAAAAGUCCAGAAGAACGUUCUUAUCUAAUGAAACUUAUGGAUUGGUUGGAAAAAUUUAAAAAAGAACAUUCUGAUAAUGAAGCAAUAACAAAUGAAAUUGCUGCACAAGCACAUCUUGAAAAUUGGAUAUUAACAAUAUUUACACAUGCUGAUGAACAAGAUAGAGCUGGUAAUUUUAGUAUGUCACUUGUACAAGGUUUUUAUACUGCUGGUAUAUUGUAUGAUAUUAUGAGUACAUUUGGUGAAUUAACUGAGGAAGUAAUUCAAAAUAGAAAAUAUGCUAAAUGGAAAGCAACUUAUAUUCAUAAUUGUCUUAAAAAUGGACAAACACCAAUUGCUGGUCCAAUUGAAAAUGGGGAAGGUGGUUCACCUGCUCCACGUAAUCAAGCUGAUGAAAUUGAUAAUGAAGAAAAAAAAAUGAAUGAAGAACAGUGGCCUGAUGAUGUCAUUGAAGAGGAUAAUGACAAAACAAAAUCUGUUGUUUCUGAUGAUACUGAUGAGCUUCCUGGUCCAGCCAACGAUGGUGAUGAGGUGGAAGCUCCACCACAAGUACCACCAAACAAUGAUGCAUAUGGUUUUCCUGCUGUUCCAACGUCAAAUUCAAAUGUUACACCAGGUAACCCAGCACCAUCAAGCACACCAUCGUAUCCAUCAUUUCCAGCUUCACCAAGUACUCCAAAUGCUGGUUAUUCACCUGCUCCAAAACAUCAACCACUUCCUGAUUAUUCAACACAUGAACAAACAGGAAAUGUUAAUCUGGAUGCUGAACAGAUGAAUAAAGCUCAAAAAUAUAUCAAAUGGGCAGGUAGUGCUAUCAACUAUGAUGACAUUCCAACUGCUGUUGAUAAUCUUCGUAAAGCAUUACAUCUUUUAACAACUGGUCAAGAUUCUGGUUAA